GCCUCGCACGGGACCAAUCUCCACUUCCGUCCCUCUCCCUCCGCUCGUCCCUGCACACAGAAUCCUCCUCCUCUUCCUCCGCGGCGGCGCCGCCGCCGCCGAGUUCUCCAUUGAUCCGGCGAUGGCCGGCAAAUCCAAUCCCGUCUCCAACAAUCAGGAAUAAUUAAGACCCUGUCGUUGUCGGGUCUGAUCGAUUUGGAGAGGAGAUGGACGCCGGUGUGGGUCUCCGGGCGAAGCCCGGCGCCUGGGCCGGACUCGGAAACCCACGCCGCUCUUCCACGGCGAGGGUUCCGGUGAGGUUCGCGGUGGAGAAGUUCGCUCAGCCGUUGGUUUUGGGCUCUGAUCGCCGGAGCUGCGGUGCCAAACUGAAGGUUUCGUGUUCCAGGAAACCGGCAGGUAUUGACAAAACCUAUUACUCUGCUGAUGAAGCUCUUGUUCUAAAGCAAAAAGCAGAGGACGUGGUCCCUUAUUUGAAUGACCGGUGUAUUUACUUAGUUGGAAUGAUGGGUUCUGGCAAAACUACAGUUGGGAAGAUAUUAGCUGAAGUAUUAGGCUAUUCUUUCUUUGACAGCGAUAAGUUGGUUGAGAAGGCAGUUGGCAUAUCAUCUGUUGCUGAAAUCUUUCAGCUCCAUAGUGAAGCAUUCUUCAGAGAUAAUGAGAGUGAGGUACUAAGGGAUUUGUCGUCAAUGCAUCGAUUAGUUGUUGCAACCGGAGGUGGUGCGGUGAUCCGACCAAUCAAUUGGAGUUACAUGAAGAAAGGGUCAACAAUCUGGUUAGAUGUUCCAUUGGAUGCACUUGCAAGACGAAUUGCUGCAGUAGGAACUGCUUCUCGGCCCCUCUUGCAUCAAGAAUCUGGUGAUCCUUAUGCAAAGGCUUAUGCAAAACUGACUGCACUUUUUGAACAAAGAAUGGACUCAUAUGCUAAUGCUGAUGCCAGGGUUUCACUCGAACAUAUUGCAGUGAAACAAGGACAUAGUAAUGUGACGACACUUACACCAAGUGCCAUUGCUAUUGAGGCAUUGCUAAAGAUGGAGAGCUUUCUUACUGAGAAGGCAAUGAUCAGAAACUAACCACUUUUGGGUGGUUAAAAGCACAUCAACAAACAAAAUCUCUUGUUUGUUCUGUUGUAUUUAUCGCAUAUACCUAAGGCGUGUUUCUUAGUAUAGCAUGAACUUGUUAGUCACCCAGUAUGAAGGAGGGUGAUUUGAGUUUGAACUUGUGUAAAUGGAUAAGUAAUAGCUUUCAAUUGAAAGAAAAGUUUGUGUUGUGUUUUGUGCCGA